GCCGCGCCGCGAGCACUCGGUAUGUCGCUCCGUUCGGCCCGGAAGAGCGGCCGUCCCUGAGGCCGAUGGCAUCGACCACCCGGCCGAGCGAGAACGCGACCGGCGCCCUGUCGGAUUUCGACCGAUCAACGGCGCCACUCGGAGGAGUCGGUGAGCGUCGGUCGACCGAUAUUUCGCGACAUUCCGACUCGGUGGUCGGAGGAGCUUCCCCCCCGCCGCCGCUUUGACGUUGCUCGCGCUCGUCAAAGACCGAUCCGGGAAAUCGAAACGUCCACGUCGACGAGGUUUCCGCCUACUCGGGCGUUAUCGGUCAUUUUUAAACGCGACGCGACGCGUUACACGGAAAGGAUAGAGAGCCCGAGCGAAAUUUUGUCGGGAAUCGUUCGCGGCGGACGCGUCGGAUGAACCGUCGAAAAUAGCCGACGAGGGAGUCGGCGCAGGGGGCAGAGCGAGAUCCCGCCGGUUCGGGUCUGGAAAUCGGGGGACGCUUCGGGCGUUCGUUUCCCUCUGCUCAGGAUCCUGCCGAGGACUUUCGGCUUGACGCGCCGGUCGAGGAGCCGGCGAGAUGGACGCGAGCGGCGUGCAGGGCAAGAAGCAGAUCCGAGUGGGAUUGUACGAUAUCGAGGGCACCAUCGGCAAGGGCAACUUCGCCGUGGUCAAGUUGGCCAGGCACCGACUCACGAAAACGGAGGUCGCUAUAAAGAUCAUCGACAAGACUCAGCUGGAUCCGACCAAUCUGGAGAAAGUGUAUCGCGAGGUGGAGAUCAUGAAGCAGCUGGAGCAUCCCCAUAUCGUCAAGCUGUAUCAGGUUAUGGAGACCAAGAACAUGAUAUACAUGGUCUGCGAGUACGCCAGCAAGGGCGAAAUCUUCGACUAUAUCGCUCGAUACGGAAGGAUGGGAGAGCCGCGUGCUCGGGCGACGUUUGCCCAAAUACUUUCCGCGGUGGAGUACUGCCACGCCAGCGGAGUAGCGCAUCGUGACUUGAAAGCCGAGAAUUUGCUCCUGGAUGGCCAGAUGAACGUAAAGAUCGCAGACUUUGGAUUCAGUAACAGAUUCGCGCCCGGCGAACGUUUGAGCACGUGGUGCGGCAGCCCCCCGUACGCUGCCCCCGAGGUCUUCCGAGGGAAGCAUUAUGCCGGGCCGGAGAUCGACGUAUGGAGCUUGGGCGUCGUGCUUUACGUGCUAGUUUGCGGAGCACUGCCAUUCGACGGCUCGACGCUUCAGUCUUUAAGAGAUCGCGUUUUAAGCGGCAGAUUCCGAAUACCUUAUUUCAUGAGUACAGAUUGCGAGAGCCUCAUACGCAAAAUGUUGGUUCUGGAGCCCGGUAAACGGUACACGAUACCGCAGAUUAAGAGGCACCGGUGGAUGGCGGGCGCUGUGGAUAAUUCGUGCCCAACGAUCGUCAAAAUCACGUCAAUUCAGGAACCCAACGAGCAGAUUCUUAGGCUCAUGCACAGUCUAGGCAUCGAUAUAACCUGUACAAGAGAGUCUUUACGAAACAAUAGUUACGACCACUACGCUGCAAUAUACUUCUUAUUAAUGGAGAGAUUAAAGCAACAUCGUACCAGUAAUUUUACGAACAACAGUUGUUGGAGCGCCGCAGCUAGAACGAAGGAAGAGAAAUUUAAGUCAAGAGGUCGCGAGGACGUCGGCAGAGGAGGCAAGAGAUUCAGUUCGACCAGUUCCUCGACGGACGAAGGGUGCUGCAGCGCCGAGGGGGAUCUGGAAGAAGGGCCUAGCGGGGACGAGCUAAGAGAGGCGCAAAUAAAGCUGGAAGAGCACAGACUGGGCUUGGACCGGGAUAUCAGCCAACGAAUCGAUAGUCAAAUAGUGAACCGAAGACUGAGCGAUUACCAGCAGCAACAUUUCGAUUCCAUCGUGGACCCGAUAGACCCGCCGAGUCGCGCGGCGCUGUUCGCGUCCGGCGGUUGCGGCAGCUCGUCCUCCGAAUUCUUCGAAUCGAGUUUCGACUCGGGGUGUCCGCCCGACUACGGAGUGGCCGUAGGGUGCUUUACGAGCAGUCUUCCCUCCUGCACGCCGCCGCCACCCAAGAGCCCGUCGCCCGUGGCGACGAGGAUAUCCCGAGGGUCUCAGGGACGGCGAGCCUCGGACGGCGGGCCCAGGCUGCUGUUUUACCAACAGACCGGCAACGAGAGACCGGUCAAGCAGCGUAGCAUUCAAGAUUCCGGAAAGGCAAGGGGCCACCUGGACCUCGUGCACCUACGCCUGCCGGCCGCGCCCCUUCAGAGUCAACCCCAGUUCAAGAUGCGCGCCGAAUCGGGGACGCAGCUCCAGCUGUUGGUGCAGCAGCGCGUGCUCCAGCAGAAGAGAAGCUUGUACCACCGGCACCGAGGAACCGGCGGGGGCGGAAGCGGAAGCGGGAGCGGAAGCAGCCCUACCCCCGGCCAGACCUCGGGCCGGCGCAGCGACCACGUGCCGCGUCAAGACAGCUACAAGAUGGCUCAGCGUAUGCAGAUCCUGCCUCCUUUAGCUCAGGCUCGUGGCGACGACGCUCUCGUCAGGGAGCGUCAACUCGAGGAGGAGAGGUGGAAAAGCCUACCCUCGCGAUUGGCAGCCGAUUGUCAAUUGGCCGAAAGAACGCUCCUAUGGAGUCAACAGGUUGGGCUAGGUGGAGGCGCAUCAUACCUACCGCCCGGUAGUGUAGGAGGUUUCUUGUGGCCUGCCGGAAGUAAUCCUCAUUCGACAAUUUUCGAAAACGCCGGAGAACCCAUGGAAUGAAAAAUACCGGUUGCGACUCGUAAAUACUCGAUACGAAAACGGUCAUUAAGAUUUUCUGUUUGCAGUCUAGUUAAUGGGACGCGUCGCCGUUGCGACGGUCGUCCAAUAUCAUGAUUAUCAACGAUAUCGCGCAUCCCUCCCUCGACGAGGUUUUGUAAUUUUGUAAUUUAUGAUUUCACGACUGACUCUACGAGACUUUGUUGAAAAUUUAACGACGCUCCUCCAUCGGGCGAUUUGAUAUAAUACCGAGCCUUCUAGCUUACCGACUCGAAAUCGCCGGGUGUACGUCUAUCUAGACUAAUGGUACGAAUUAUCGCUUAAUGUGUAUCAUAACUUAGGUUGGAACGUUCUCUAGAGAAAAGGUUAAUUAAAUUAGAGAAGCGAGGAAGGUCGCGUGGCCACGCGUUCGAUUCGUAAUUGCAUCGAUUGCAUCGAUUGCAUCCAAUAAAUAAUCGCGUCCGUGGUAGUGCGAGCAUAGUCUUAAUAUACGACUGACGUCUGUCUCUUCGAUAUUCAACGUCAUCGCAGACUGAUCCUUUUUUAGCGAGGGGUACCAACUCAUCGUCGUUGGACGAAACGAUGCCGACGUUGCGUCAUCGUAAUUAUUAUCGGAACAAACAUUAGAAAUGUUGAUACGAUUCGAUACCUGUAUCGGUCUUAACUGGCUUAAAGGUGUCGACGACCGUUAACCCUUAUCGAGGAGUUCUCUCCAAAUUUCUCCGGAGUGAAGUGACCUCGUAGACCUCUCAGACCUCUCGUUGUAAUAACUUCAUUAACGAGUGACGAAAUAAUUUCGUUUCAUCUGUUCGAAAGAGAUUAAGAGAAUGGUCGAUUUCUUUUUGUCCAAUGCCGUGUUACUUUUAGCGGUCGAGAGUCAAAUCCCGAGCAUUCGAUUACGUAUACAAAAUGUAACUUUCAUUCUUCCACUCGUUGUAACGUUGUCAACAGUGAUUAAGUAACGAUAUUAAAGUAGUUGCCAGCAGCUCAAAUGAACCAAUGUUUAAUACAAAGAAGAAGUGCUGCAUUUUGUACGAUGAUAAGUCAUCAUCUUCCUCCUUCUUGACCCACGAUCUAACGAUUGAUAAUAAUAAUCGUAAUGGACAA